AUGGCUGGCAUGCUCCUACUGAGGACGGCUCUCAAACGGCACUUGGGUAUCUGCAGCUCGUCUGCAUCCGCAGGCGGGAUUUUACCACCACCGAUCCCCGGCUUGCUUGACGGCAGAGCCCGUGGAAGGCAGCUCCACGACGGGGUUGAUGUAACCCAAAAAGCCCCAUUGACGACAGCUCCGGGAAGGCUACCUUUUUCCAAGUUGACCCAGGAGGACUUCGACUACUUCCGGAGGAUUCUACCAGGCAGAACAGUUACCGAUCCCGACCUGUUGGAGACGUAUAAUGUGGACUGGCUCAAAUCUGUCAGAGGUUCCAGUGAGUUGUUGCUGAGACCUCAAACGACACAGGAAGUCUCUCAAAUUCUCCGCUACUGUAACGAGCGUAACCUGGCAGUGAACACGCAAGGAGGCAACACCGGGCUGGUUGGCGGCAGCGUUCCCGUCUACGAUGAGAUUAUCCUCUCCACCUCCCUCAUGAACGGCGUCCUGAGCUUUGAUGCCGUUUCUGGGGUGCUGACAUGCCAGGCGGGUUGCGUCCUGGAGCACUUGUCCGUCUAUUUGGAGGAGCGCGAUCACAUCAUGCCCCUAGACCUAGGUGCCAAGGGUAGCUGCCACAUCGGGGGCAACGUUGCAACCAACGCUGGAGGGCUGCGUUUGCUGCGCUACGGCUCCCUACACGGCAACAUUUUGGGUGUGGAAGUGGUGCUGGCUGACGGUCAGGUGCUGGACUGCUUAUCCACCCUGAGAAAGGACAACACUGGUUACGAUCUCAAGCAGCUCUUCAUCGGAUCGGAAGGCACGUUGGGUAUCAUCACCGCCGUGUCCGUCCUUUGUCCUCGCAAGCCCAAAUCUGUCCAUGUCAUGUUUCUGGGAUGCGAAACGUUCGAGCAGCUUCUGAAGACCUUUCAGCUGUGCAGAGGCAUGCUGGGAGAAAUCCUUUCGGCCUUUGAGUUCCUGGACAGCGAAUGUAUGCGGCUGCUCAACACCCACCUCAAGCUGGGCAACCCCAUCUCUGAUAGUCCAUUUUACGUGGUGAUAGAAACAUCUGGCUCGGACUCGCGGCAUGACGAGGAGAAACUCCACAACUUCUUGGAAGAAGCCAUGACAUCUUCACUGGUCACCGACGGCACCCUGGCGACAGAAGAGUCCAAAACCAAGGCUCUGUGGUCACUGCGUGAGCGCGUCACCGAGGCGUUGACGCAUGACGGCUUCACAUACAAGUAUGACGUGUCGCUCCCCGUGGAGACCAUCUACCAGCUGGUGACCGACAUAAGAGCCCACCUCGGGGGCCGAGCCAAGAGCGUGGUGGGCUACGGCCACGUGGGAGACGGGAACCUCCACCUGAACAUCACCUCCCCCGCCAGAGACGCAGGGCUGCUGGCCGCCAUCGAACCUUUCGUGUACGAGUGGACGUCGGCACGGCGGGGCAGCGUCAGCGCCGAGCACGGCCUGGGACUGAAGAAGAGGAACUACAUUUACUAUAGCAAGCCCCGCUCGGCGGUGGCCGUCAUGGCGGGCAUCAAGGACAUGCUGGACCCGAGGGGCAUCCUCAACCCAUAUAAGACUUUACCGGACAGGCUGCCGUGA